CCAUGUCAACUGUACGCUUGAAUACGGGAAAAAUGGCCAUGGCUGCAAGACGAUUAGGCAAGGUUUCAUUAAAGAAUACAGCACUGCUGUUGUGUGACAUGCAAGAAAAGUUUCGUGGAAAUAUCAUGUAUUAUCCACAGAUUAUUGAGGUAGCCCGUAGAAUGUUGGAAGGAGCGAAUGCACUUGACAUGCCAGUGAUUGUUACAGAGCAGUACCCCAAAGGAUUGGGGCACACUGUAUCGGAGCUGGAUGUGAGUCAGCUAAAGGUUUUUCCAAAGACUCAUUUUUCCAUGUUGAUUCCUGAGGUCGUUGAUCAUAUCAAGACUCUGAAAGAUAUAAACUCUGUGAUGAUAUGUGGAAUUGAAAACCAUGUGUGUGUCCAAAAUACUGUUCUAGACUUAUUAGAGGACAAUUUUGAUGUCCAUCUUAUUGCUGAUGCCUGUUCGUCUCGCUCAAUGACAGACAGAAUAUAUGCCUUCCAGCGCAUGAAGGAUGCGGGAGCUUAUGUUACGACCAGUGAGAGCAUGCUCCUAGCUCUAGUAGGAGGAGCCUCCCAUCCCCGAUUUAAGCAGAUCCAGAAAAUCAUCAUGACUUCAGCACCGGACACUGGCCUGUUGACCACCAUCAAAGGAGAAACGGCGGUCUGAUAAAUCUAAUGACCCGUCCUCAUGUGAACUAAUUUGAAACAAUCAAGUGCCAAUCUCAUUGUCCAAUCAACAUUGCAUUGUAUUGUUGUGUGAUUCCUAUAUUCAGAGUGGUUUCAGUGUGAACUGCUGCAAUGAAUUUCAUAAAUGAUAUUAGUUGAGAUGAAGUAGAUGUGAUUUCAUAAUCUGAUGGACUUUGUAUAUUUAAAAAAAGUCCAAAUAUUAAUCAUAUUUGAGGAUGUAUUUAUGGGUUGUUGAUGUCGAGCCGUUUUGUACCUCAGGAAUCUAGAGACGACUUAAAUUUUUUCAUACAUUGAAAGUAGGAUACUCUCUCUAGAGCUAGAAGCCUUGUUCAGGAGUUUAAGUGAUGCCGUGAAUUGAAUGCAGUAUUUUCAUCGGUAGGCAUUCAUGAAGUGACCAGCCCUUAGAUUUAUAAUGAAAGUAAUUUUCACAGUAGAUAUAUACCGGUACAUGUAUCCUGCGUGGUUAAUAUAACUAUGCAUGUAGUUUACAUUGUUUUAUUGUGCAUAUCGUUUACCAUAUAGCUUUUAAUUGAAAAUAAAAUUGUUACAGUAUA